AUGGGCUCCAUCUCCAACCACAGCUCCUUCCAAAACGCCACGGCCCCUUCCGAGGAGCAGGCGGUUUCUUUGUUCGAGGUCCAGGUUUUGGUGCCCGUGACCUUGAUUUCCAUCCUCCUCUUUUUCCUGGGAGUCUCUGGCAACGUGAUGACCAUGGUCAUUUUCAGACGCUCACCAGAGAUGAGGACAACAGUGAACAUGUACCUGUCCAGCAUGGCCCUCUCGGACACCCUGAUUUUCCUGGGCUUGCCCUCCGACCUCUACCGCCUCUGGAAGUACAAACCUUACCUCUUUGGGGAUUUCCUCUGCAAGUUCUUCAUCUACCUGAGCGAAACCUGCACCUACAGCACCAUCCUGCACGUCACCACGCUCAGCCUGGAGAGGUACUUUGCCAUCUGCUUCCCCCUGAAAGCCAAAGCCACCCUCAGCAAGCGCCGGGUGAAGCGGGUCAUCCUGGCCCUGUGGGGCUGCUCCCUCCUGACUGCUGGCCCCGUCUUCUUCCUCUUCGGGGUGGAGCACCCCCAGGGCAGCCUCCCCCAGGAGAGCCAGGAGUGCAGGUCCAUCCACAGCGUGGCCCAAACGGGGCUGCUGGAGACCAUGACCUGGGUCUCCACCAUUUAUUUCUUCCUGCCCACCUUCUGCCUGGCUCUGCUCUACGGCCUCAUCUGCAGGAAGCUCUGGCGCAGCGGGGAGAGGCUGCGGGGCAGGAGACGGUGCCACCUGCAGACUGUGAAAAUGCUGGCUGUGGUUGUCUUGGCCUUUGUGCUGUGCUGGCUCCCGUUCCACGUCGGCCGGAUCCUCUUUGCCCAGAGUGAGGUGAUCCUGUACGACCUCACCCAGCACUUCAACCUCAUUGCCAUGCUGCUCUUCUACCUGGGGGCUUCCAUCAACCCCAUGCUGUACAACCUCAUGUCACACAGCUACAGGAGAGCCAUGGGCAACAUCCUGCACCCCAGGGGAGCUGGGCGCUGCAGGAGCCUGGGCAGGAGCGAGAAGGUUUCUUCUCCCCCUGGGACAGAACACGGCUCUUUCCCAUCAGCUGCUCAGCACUGACUCCAGUCCCAGCACCCCAGCUGUGCUGUGGGAUAAAACCCAGGCAGGUGGUGCACGUGCAGUCUGGAACAAGUUCUGAGGCUGUCCUUUUGGCUACUGGGUGUUCCCUCAGGUAGGGCUGGAGCAGUUCAGGGAAGCAGGAGUCGAUUCACACUGCACACAGGGACAGGCUGGGCUCUGCUCUUCACAGGACUCACCAGCACGGGUUUCACCCUCCGAAAGCUCCUGUGAAGGGGCUUGUCUGUGGUUCUGAGGACCAGACAUUGAGCUCAUCACAGACCUGUGGAACAAUUCAAGUGACUUUCCUCCCACAGAAGCCAAGGAGGCUAAAGCCAGGCCAGCUGGUGGCUCUCAGCAAGCAGCAGGACAGUGCUGGGCUGAGGCCCAUGCAAAUAACUGCCAGAAAAGUUUUUUUUAAGGCAACUCUUAAAGACACAUAGAAGAACACAAAGUCUCUUCACCUUAAAUCACACACUAACCACCCAAACAACUGCUCCUGAGCUUGCUUAAAACCCAGGAAGAACAGACAACCAGCCCGGGAGUCAAAUCUGAAUACAUUUGUAUUAUUUAUUGGCUGUAUUAAAUAUAUUAUCUAUUUGAUAGUUACAAUUUAGUAAUACAAUGCAUGGCAGCUUUAACAUAAGUUUGAGAUACCUCAAAAUUACAAUACAAGGAAACUGAAGAUACCUAAGUACAUUAAUGCCACGAGGGUACAUGGUUCUGGAACAGGAAUCCGUGUCGCCACAGGCUCACGGGUGUUGUCUGGACUAUUCUGUGGCAAUUCCAGAAGAACUUUUGUUGACUUUUUUAGGAGUCCUGACUUGUGUUAGUAUUUACUCUGCCAUCCUAAUUUCUCUUUGAAAAACCAUCAGGAGUAUCACUGCCAAAUAAACCUCUCCAGGCUUUGUUCUAAGAGUUGGAGAAGCCAAACCCUUUGGCAACAGAGGUUUUGCUGGAGGCAGCUUUAUCUGCUAAAAGGAGACCAGGAAGAGAAACAGACAAGAUUGUCAAAAACUCUUCUGCAAACUAAAGACUAACAUCUGUAUAAAACUCUUUCCAACACUGGAGGGAGAGAUUUCUAUGAUAUAAUAAUAAAUGAUUAACUUAAAAGUUCUGCUACAAGUAGAACAAUACAUUCAAACAUACAUUU